UACAGCCACACCAGCCAGUCAGUCGAGACAGAGCGCUCACAGGGGUCGCACUGCACCCUCGCACCUCUCAACCUCAAGCCACGCACCACACAUCUCUCGCACUCCCUCCCAUAUACACCUUUCUUAAGGCCUUGUACCCACUAAUGCUUCACUAGUCAGUGUGAUUAUUUCGUGCUUUACCAAUAUAUAUUAAAACCGCGCUAGUUUCCCCCUAUUUACCGAAGCAGUUCGCCCGACCGGUUGUCGGCCGUUCGGUUGCAGGACACACAUUUCCCCAGCAAGAAUCGGUAACACGGCGACUCCUCUAGCAAAUUGGAGACCAUGUCUGGGAAAACAAAAUUCAAUAUCACCUUCGACGACCGAGAUCUGGAUGACCAGCAGGAUUGUGAGGCCAUGGAGGUGAAAGAGCCGGCCGAGGGUGAUCGCCAGAAGUGGGGUAGCCAGCUGGAGUUCGUCCUCUCCUCUCUCAGCUAUGCCGUUGGUCUCGGCAACAUAUGGCGCUUCCCGUACCUCUGCUACAGGAAUGGUGGUGGGGCCUUCCUGAUCCCUUACUGCAUCAUGUUAUUCUUGUGUGGAGUGCCACUUAUGUUCUUUGAACUGUGCCUGGGCCAGUUUGGUCGAGAAGGACCUAUCACUGUGUGGAAAAUCUGUCCUCUCUUCCAAGGCAUUGGCUAUGCUAUGUUCAUGAUCAGCCUCUACAUUGGCUGCUAUUAUAAUGUGGUGUUGUCAUGGGCAAUCUACUACAUCUACUCCUCCUUCACCCACACUCUACCCUGGACUUCAUGUGGUGAAGACUGGAGCUCAGAAUUUUGCAGAGAAUUCAGUUCACGGAAUUGCACGAUAAAUGGCGGACUCAUGAACCUGACUGGGACCUGUAUAUACCCAAAUAUGACGACCCAUGAAGAAUGGAGCUUGCUUAACAAGUCUAUCAGUUCUCUCAAGAGUCCUGCUGACGAAUAUUUCCACAAUCAUGUCCUGGACAUCACUGGAGGCAUUCAUGACAUGGGAGGCUUCCAAGGAAGAAUCGUCCUUGCACUCUUUGUUGCUUGGAUCAUUGUGUAUCUGGUGCUUAUCAAAGGAGUCGAAACUUUUGGCAAGGCUGUGUACUUCACUGCCACUUUUCCCUACCUGAUCUUAAUUGUGCUGCUGGUCCGAGCAGCUACACUUCCUGGCUACAUGGAUGGUAUAGCUUUUUAUCUCACUCCUAAAUGGGAUAAGCUUCUUAAAGCAAGCGUUUGGGGUGAUGCAGCCAUCCAGAUCUUCUUCAGUUUGUCACCGUGUUGGGGUGGCCUCAUAACACUCGCAUCUUAUAACAAAUUUAACAAUAACUGCUACAGGGAUGCAUUUGUAGUUUCCUUGGGUAACUGCCUUACCAGUUUCUUUUCUGGAUUUGUCAUCUUUGGAAUAAUCGGGUUUAUGGCUCACGAGCUGGGACUUCCGGUGGACAAGGUCGCAGUGCAGGGAGCGGGCCUGGCGUUCGUGGCUUACCCCGAGGCCGUGGCCCGCCUGCCUCUGUCGCCGGUGUGGUCCAUCUUGUUCUUCGCCAUGUUGCUGACUCUGGGUCUUGGCACGCAGUUUACUAUCCUAACCACCAUCACCACCACCAUUACUGAUGACUUCCCAGCCCUGCGCGGCAAGAACUUCAAAUGGGCACUCUUGGGAUGCUGCUUGAUCAUGUUUGGUGUGGGACUCUCCAUGGCAACAAAGGGUGGGAUGUAUGUCCUGCAGAUGAUGGAUUCCUACUCUUCUACCUUCUCUGCUCUCAUGGUUGGCGUGGCCGAGGUGACAGUGGUAACUUGGUUGUAUGGCAUUGACAACUUCUUAGAUGAUAUUAAGAUGAUGUUAGGGUUCUACCCAUACCCAAAGAUCUUCUGGAAGUACAUUUGGAAAUUUGGAAUGCCUUUAGUGGUACUGACAAUUUUAAUCUUCUCCUGGAUCGACUUUGUCCCAGCAAGGUAUGGAGAUUAUGAAUUUCCACCUUGGGCCAAUGGUGUUGGUUGGAUGUUGGCUAUGUCAUCAGUAUCCCUCAUACCCAUUGUCGCGGUCUAUAAAUUGCUACGAGAGAAAGGCUCCUUCAUUAAGAGGAUAAGGAAGCUGAUUCGCCCCUUGCCUGAGUGGGCUCCACCUGGUGAUGUCUGCAUUAGACCUAACGAUUCAUUUGGUGCCAAGCCUCUUCUUAAAGUCACAUCUUUUGAUGAAGACACCGUGAAUAAAAUAUAAAAGACACAGAUUCUGUUAAACAGGAUUGUUAGCAUUAUUUCCAAGACAAUAUUUGUAUCUGCACUAAAGACAAUCCACUGUGAUGCUGACUAUGCUACAGUAACCAGAAGCAUAGAUACUUUUUAGAGUAGCCUUUUCUAUGUUACAGUAUUUAUAUUUAGACUUGAGUCAUUUUCAUUAAUAAUAUAAUUUAUUGGUGUAAUGAAAACUGACUAUCAUGGGCAUUUUUUUUUUUUUUUGUCUUUCUAGUUAGGAAAAAAAAAAAGCACCAAAGAGUAGAUGUGUACCUGUACCUUUUAUAUACUUGGUGCAAAAUAAAAGUUGUUGUUGAACUAGAGGUAUUUUUUCUGCUAAUUUACAAUUAAUAUAAAAGUUACCCCUGUGUCUUGCAAGUAACUUGAAUUAUCAGUUAUUCAUGUGUAAAUACCAUAUACAAAUGAGUGGAAAUAGUACCUGUAUUUUAUUCUCAUUUGUUAUAAGAAAACAAACAUUCUGUAACAUGAUGCAUCAAAUAAAUAAAUUAUUAUUAAUUAAUUGUAAAGCUAAAUCUGGACUACUAUCAAAGUCUUGCAAAGGGAAUAAUGUCACAUACCCAUUUUUCAAAUGCAAAACUAGUUGAAAUUUUCAUAAUAUUGUCACAUUCAAAAUGGUUAGAGUAGCACAAUUGGAAAGAGCAUUUUCAUGUAAAUAUUGUAUUUUGCCUUGACAGUUUUUUAUGCAUGAGAUCAACACCUCUAUUUUCAUAUUGUCAAAAUACUUCAUAAAAAAAAGGCAAUGACUGAUUAAACAUUAUACAGUAUUUAUACUAUUGUCUUGAGCUUGUGGUAAUUCUAAAUGUUACGAAAGUUUGAAUAAGUGUAUGAGAAGUCAAUACAGUAUUUUAUUAACAAAAUUUUUUUUGUUUUAAACUGUACAGUAUAUGAAAUGUCACUACCUAGAAGUUUGAUGUUUAAUAAUUUUAACAGAAAUUAAUAUUAAUCUUUUUAAUCCAAAAAAGAUGAACACUUUAUAUUCUUAUGUUUUAAUUAAGAAUAGGUAUUAUUUACUAUUUUAUUAUCAUAUAUAGUAUUGUACCCAAAAUAUACAGAAGUUUGUAACAGAAACAGAUAAUAUUAAGAAAAUGGGAAGUGCAAUACUUAAUGAAAUAUUGUUAUAUUGUCUCAAUUUAGAAUCAAUGUAAUGUUGGCAAUGUUUCAUGUUUGUUAAACUUAGUUCAGAAGGUCAUAUUUUUGUAUAAUUUAUGUUGUUUAGGUGUAUGAAUAUCAAUGUAUGUAACUUGUAUAAUUCAGGGCCUGGAUAUUGAGUGCCAUUUCCAGAAUACAUGCAUCACAUUUCUCACUGUGUACAAGAACUGACAAUUUUAAUUGACGAGUGAGAAAAUUUUAAUGAAAAUAUUUUGAUUUGUACAGAUGGAAAAGUGUUGAAUUUAAUUCAUGUCAAGUAAUUCAGAAUAGGUUAUAAUGAGAAACAAAUACUGGACCACCAGAAGGAAAAGAUGGGCUCGGAUGAUGAUCUUGGUAAGGCAUUUAGAAAAGAUAACCAGUGGGCACAAUAUCCAGGAAUAGUGCUGGUUUGAUGCCGAAUCAACGUCGUUAGCGUUGUAUCAGUGUUGAUUUAGCGCCACUCCCGGAUAUUGUUCCCGCUGGAUACUUAGUGUGUGCUGCAUUUAUAGAUUUGAGGAAAGCAUACAUUUUAGUGAAUGGAAAAGGAGUGCAAUUAUGACUGAGGUGCUGCCAUUACAUCACAAUACAAAGAGUAGUGGUUUAAAGAAAUGGUUUAAAGGCCAGGGGUGUGAAGAGGUCAAGUACCAUUAGCACCAAGUCAAUUUACAACCAUUUACAAAGUUUUUGAAUAUAUAUUUAUAUAUAAUAUGGAUGAUAAAAGAAAAGUAUGAGUCUUCAUGGCACAGACCAGUAUUCAAGAGGAUAGUUUACCUGGAGAAUUGCAAAGAGAAUGGUCUUUCUUAUCAUUUGCAGUACGCUCAUUUUAUCAAAGCUGACAGUUAAUGUUUAAUGUUAAGAUGGUGGAAAACACCAGUGCAAUGUUGAUUCUGCAUUUAUUAUAAUAUCAAUAAGUUUUUCUUAGCCCAGUGCUGGGAUGGGCAGUCAAUCAGGACUGAAGUGUAAUAAAUGCUUAGUUAUGAUGUGGAGUGCAAGUAUGAUGCAAAUUUUUAGAUGAUGAUGAGAGACAUGUAGGGAAAAGAUGGUGCAAUGUAAGACUUGCAGUAUGUUUAUUACAUAUGCCUGAAUUUUUUUUUUAGCUAGCAAUCGUCAAUAAUUCCACAGUACUGUAUAUAUUAUUCUUAUAUAUGCAAAUUAACUUUCUAAUGAAAGUUUCAUAAUACUGCAAGGUAUUAAAAUCACUAUUGUAAAUAUAAAUUUUGUUAAGUUGUCACCAAUAUUUUAUUUUUAUAUAUUUUGUUGGCACAUGAUUGUGACAUGUUUCAUAAGAGAAUGAAAAUGUUUUUUUAAUAAGCUGGUUAUCUUGGUGGUAAAAAGAAUUAAAUUUUGGGACUCGCUGAAUUCUGUUGAAUCUCCAAUGUUGGGCCUUUUUUUUAACAAUUAUCAGACUGCAAAAAUUAAAAAAAAAACUAUUUGGUACUAUUUUAAUUUGAAAAAUAUUAAUUUUAAAGAUCUAACUGUAAAAAAAUCCCAUUACCAUGUAGAUAAUACAAAAAAUUAUAUAUAUUAUAUUAUAUAUAUAUAUAUAUAUAUAUAUAUAUAUAUAUAUAUAUAUAUAUAUAUAUAUAUAUAUAUAUAUAUAUAUAUAUAUAUAUAUAUAUAUAUAUAUAUAUAUAUAUUAUAUAUAUUAUUAUAUACAUACAAACACACACACACACACGAAUACAGGUAUAAGGAAAAUUUUAACUUACUAGUUGUGUAGAAAAUGAAAAUUGUGUGUAUUGUACUUACAAAUAUCCUAUCAUCAGGCUACGCUGUGGCCAAACACAAAAAUAUAUGAUACAGUAUUUGCAAAUUUUUAACACUGUAUAACCAUAAACAGUAUUUUCUUUAAUUUAAAAAAGUAGACAUUUUGGUUCUGUUGGUUAAUAUUUGUAGAACAUGGGUGGAGAAUUUGAAGGCAAUUUGAACAUAGGAAUAACAGUUCAAGCAAAGUUCAAAUGUGAUCAGUUGGAAGCUACGUAUAAAGUAUAUUUUAUUCAUAAAUAGGGUUUGGCGACUGGGUUAACCAGCAGUUUACCAUUGGUUGAGGACAAGCUGUAUGAGGAAUGAUGAGAAUUCACCAAGACUGGUGUGCAAACACUGAGGAAUACUGUCACACUGUCUAAAGGAAUGGGAAUGUUCAGUAAGCAGAAGCGUAGAAACAUUACUGUUGUGCUUUUUAAGAUAAGGAUUUUAUGCACUGUACAACAAAUAUUUGUAAAGAUCAUUCAGCCAACUUCUAAAAUUACCUCCUUAUAGAGAUAGUUCUAAGGAAAAUGGUUGACUGACCUGGUGGUACAAUACUAUGGUGCAUCAAGCCCACAGUAUGAAAUAGUGCUAAAAGUAUUAACUGCACUCGCCUUCUGCCUAACAUAUUCUUUAAUAUAUUUUAUCUUCAAUAAUUCAAGACAGUUUGUGCAGCUAUUUUAUUUCCUUUGUCAAUUUUAUGCUCUUGUCAGAAACUUUGCCUCAGCAAUGAACUAUUUUGAAAUCAAAAACUUUAUGUAAAAUACUUGGUCUAAGAACUUUUAGGCCAUGUCUCAAAUACAUACAAGCACAGAAAGACAAAGAACUAGACCAUACAUAGCUAGAAUAGAGGCAGAAGAGAGACAUGAUAAACAUAUUGAUGUACUAUGCAUACAUCUUGAUUCAACUACAUUCAGAGUUGAAAGCUUUUUCUUAAAUUUGUCAUGUGUUCACGACCCUUUAUUUCUUUAAUGUCAAAUUAAGUCGUGCUGUAACAGCCAAUUAUUUAGUUUGAACAAUAGAAGGAUAUACCGAGGCAAAUCAUGAUGGCUAGAAAAUACACGUAAUAUUAUUUAGGACUUAUAGAAAAUUAGUUAGGAAUUAUCUUAGGGGGCUCAAAAUGCAUUGGUAGUUGUGUGAACUUUAGUCAGACUAUUUGGUAAUGAUUUUUUAUUUUACCAAAGAAAUACUUCAUUUUAACAAACAUUCAAAGUACCACUCCAACUUUAUUUUAAACCAAACAGGGAGAUCAUAAAUGUGUAAACUUUAUGCUUUUUUUUAAGAUUUUAGGAUAGAUUAUGUGAAGUUUGAUUGGUUACCAUAUUAACCCUCACCUAACAAACUUCACAUAAUCUAUCCUGAAAAAAAAAUAUAAAGCAAUAAAACCAGUCUCUUUUCCACUAAACACUUAUAAACCUACUGUGAUGCAUAUAUACUGGGACAAAAAAGAUAAAAUAAGACUACAGUACAUUAUGCCUUUAGCAGAAAACUCUGCUAGAAAACUAAAUGGCUAUAUCUUGGAUGUUACUUCAUGCAGUCAAUGUGGUGUAUUUCCUUCACGUUGCAAGAGACAAAGUUUAGGGAUAGACUGGCACUUGUGGCAGAUUCCAUGAUAUUGCAAACUUAUUUCUUGUGGGGUAUAUAUUGUUAAUUGCAUGCGCAGUAUACAGAACGAUAGUAGUCCGAGAAGGUAAAAUAGUGCACAAUAGUCAGGUCCCAUGAAAAAUUUGGCCACAAAUGAUUUGUGGGCUCUCACAGGAUUAUGCUUUCUAUAUCUAUAGUUCACAGGAGCUAUAAACAUUAGCUCCAAAAGAAGUACUAUAUUGUGCUUUUUUUUCUUCCUUUACAACUGUGCCUCACAAAAUGUGAUACAAAAGCUCAUGAUCUUGGAAACAGUUUAAUGAAAUUUGUAGAUUUCUAUAUUAUACACAUUCUCAAAAUUGCUAUGAUACUUUAUACAGUGAAAACAAUAAUUAUACAGUAAACAUUCACAAAUAUAAUAUUUCAAAAUAAAAUAUAUAAAACAUGGUUACAUCAGGUGCUGUAUUUGCCACACUACCUUAACCAUAGUGCUGCACGGCCUUAAAAAUUAUUAUCAGAAAGUUAAAUUGCCUAUCUAUUCAAGUUCAAGAAAUUAUUAGUGGUGAAAGGAACAAAGGAAAUGGAAUUUGCUACUUAAUUUACUCUUAGGAAAUCCUGAAGCCUAAAUAUUUAUUCGUAAUGUGCAUAUAUGGCACAAAAAUGUUCUCAUUAGCCAAUUUAUUUUUAUAUCACAGCAAGAGUAGUAUAAAGAUAAUUUAAGCAUGAAUGAAACAGUUGUGUGAGUGCUUGGUAAUGAAUUGUCCUUUAUAUUUCAGAGGUGUCCUCUCUAGUUUUAUUGUGGUUAAAGCAGGGUGUUAUCAAGAGACUUGCUGAUGACAGAAUUUUAUAUUUUAGAGUGAAUUGUAAUUGAAGUUGAUCAGAUAAUGGGCAGACAGGACAACUUCCCUUCCAGUAAGUCUUCGGCCAUUUACUGGUCACUUUAGACAAUGGCUUGCUUGCAAUCAGUUCUCCACUACUCCCUGAUUUAAGGAGGUUUCCCCAACUUUCAGGAUAGGAAAUUUUGCUUUCCCACUGUUCCUUUAGUCCUAUAUCCCUUGAUAAACUCUUUGGCAAAUAAGAUUCCUUUAAUAUCACCAGUCUUCUUUCUGCUUCCGUAUUGGUAUCCUGAAUGAUAAGUGGAGUCUGCAAUAUUCUGUAACAAAUGGGGCUAUGUAGCUUUCGUGCUUGGCACCUUUAAAUAGUUACUUAAGGCCAUAUAUUUUGGAUGGUGUAAAUGUUUUAUAUUGUAUAUAUAUGAUGUAAAAAGCAGUUACUCACAUGUGUAAGUAUAGAUCAUAUCAUAUUAAGGAUUUUGCAUCACUCAUUAUAGAUAUUCAUGUAUUAUUUUAUAGUAAAUAUUUCUGCAGUAACCAUGAAAAAAGUGAUGGUUAUCUUGGCAGGAAAACAAUUACUUCUUCCCAUUAAUUAUAGUUUAAACUGAUUUAAUGAACAAUAGUGGUGUUUAAGGCACUUGUAAAUUCUUAAGAAUUAUUUGCUAACAAACAAAAAAGUCAAAUAUUCUUUUUCUAAACUAAUUUGCCAUUUAAAUUAUGUAAAUUCUCAAGUGUCAAAACUGUAGUUAAUUAGCAAAUGAAGAAUGUUUAGUGGUAAAGCUUUUAUUUAUUAACUAAUGUAUCAUAGUGACAUGUCUGAGUGCUGAUGUAUGUGAGCAGUAUCAAUGCUUACAAAUGACAUCAACACUGUGCCAAAAUUCUUGCCAGGAGGCUUGAAUUUGAUGUUAUCAGAAACAAUGACAGUAACCACUCCCUAUUCUGCUUAAGGUAUAAUUUUACUGGUUGUAUAUAUUGUAUACUUAGAGAUGUAUAAGGUGCUGUGAAAAUAAAAAUAUAAAAAUUA